AAUCAACAAAAGAAAAAGAAGAACUGGGAAACGAAACUCUCAAAUUCCAAGAGCAAUUUCAAGAGCAAAUUCCAAGAGCAAUCUUCGCAUCUCGCUCGUUCGUUCGUCGUUAGCAGAGAAUUAAAAUCAGUUGGCUAAAAAGAGUAUACCAAUGGCAUCAAAACUUCUUCGUUUGGUGCAAGAUCAGAACCUCAAUGUUCACUCUGAUGGAGCUUCUGUUGCGGGAAAGGGAGCAUUCAAAUCAACAAAGAAAGGUGGACUUGCUGGAAGGAAACCUUUGGGAGACCUAUCAAAUAGGGGGAAGCCUGAUUUCACCAAGGCAACAAGAAAGCCUGCUCUGAACAAUUUUCCCGAAAUCAUUGCUGAUGCAAGCAAUAGGAAAGGCAUAUCUAAAACCUCUGGUAAAGUGAAGACUAGAAGCAUCCGAAAGCCUCUAAAUGAUGUGUCUAAUUACACAGUGAAGCCACGGCUUCAGAAGACUUCUAUUGUUGUGUCAGAGGCAUCUUCUUGUGAGUAUGAGAACGAAGGUUUCCUUCAUGACCAUAGCCUGUGCAUCAAAGCAAGGAGAGAGGCUUCGGAGAUGGAACAAAUGGAUAUAUUUUGGAUGAUAAAUGGACCAACUCCAUCCAAGAACCUCUCAUCUCCACCAAAACCUUCUCAGUUAACUGAAGUGGAGCAGGAGAGUGCAGCUGAGUACUUGAAAGAGAUACCUGAGGAUCAAUACACCUUGCUUCCAAUCACGCGGGACUCAGUCUCUUCACCUCCUUGUUCUCCACUUCCAUCACCAGAUCGCUAUACCAAUUUGCAUCCGAUUUGGGAGGACUGUGAUUUUCAGGUGAUGGAAUCACCAUAGUUUCCCUUCCAAAUUGUGUACUAUGUGAUGUGAUGCGCCAUCAAUCUACUUCAAAUUGAUGUAGCCAGGACAACUCUGUUAUUAGUUUUUCUUGGUUUUUCAUUAGUUCUGCAUUUGAAUGCUUCUCCUAGUUCUUAAAGUUGAUGGUUCCGUCUGUACAUAUAUUAAUUUUUUUCUUGUUCAGUUGAAGCGUACCUAUGUAGUCUGAUAUUUUUAACUAUUUAUCUUUCAAAUCCU